AUGGUCUGGGGAGGAGUUUGCCAGCGGCGUGAGAUCGUGGAGUUUCUCGGGAAUUACUACCACGGCUUCCCUCCGAAACAUCCGCAGCAUCUCAGCUUCGCUUGCGUGGGCGGAAAGACGUCCCCGGAGCUCCAUCGCGAGACCUUCGAGCGCCUGGACCUCUUCCUGGAGCAAAAUCUGCGCGUCUUCUACGUCUGGGAGCACGAGUUCACCGAGUGGCAGAAGCUGGCAGCUACCGGCGAGGCGCCGCCCAUCUCUCGGAUCCUGCGCCGACACACCAAGCGCAGCUCGAAGGCGAGGAGAAACGCCAGGAAGAGCGCGAAGACCGCUGCGGCUGGGGCAAAGCGUCAUGCGUGUCAUGCAAGCUGA